AAUUCGUCUUCAGUAAAAAAGGGGUGUCGGGUGUGGAGGGAGAUGGGUGUAGAUAUCACUCGAAGUCGAAGCCGAAGCCCGACUUGUGAAAUUCUAAAAUUGCCCUUCUUCUUACGGAUUCUCAGUUCCCAAACAGAGUAUUUGCUACUCGGAGCAAAACAGAGGUAGGGUUUUUGCGCUCUCCACGUACGACCAUCAUUUCCGGCAGCCCUCCGGUAUCCACCCUCCUUCCUGUCCUCUCUCUAUCGUCAGAACUCAUUAUUUUCUUGAGACCCUGCGUUUGGUUGCUGAGAAAACUGGACAAAAUCAAAGAAUUUGCAUUUGGGUGCAUACAGCUGUAAUCCUCUGAACUCCCAGAACUUUUUAUGUGUGUGGUCCGGGACUUCAAUUGCCACCAGAUUGAUUGCCUUUGCAGUAUCAUGGACCCUAAUUCUUUAACCGACAAGAAGUGUGAAUGCAGGCUUUUCAUUGGUAAUCUUGAUAAGAGAGUAUCAGAGGUUGCUCUGAUUAAGAUGUUUUCUCCAUUUGGAAAGAUUGUAGGAGAGGACUUCAUGUGGCAUACUCGUGGGCCGAAGCGAGGGGAGCCCCGUGGCUUCGCUUUUGUUGAGUUUAGCACAAAAGAGGAAGCUGAACUGGCCAAGGAAAAGAUGCAUGGAAAAUUGAUCUGUGGCCGACCAUUGACUGUUCGUCUUGCUAAUGAGAAAUCCUUAAUGGAAACAGCAGAAGCUGCUCCCCAAAGGGUUGGCACAUCAAACAAAUCAAGCCUCACUGGCCGCAGUUCAGGGCAAAUGAGCCGGAGUGCUAAAAUAGCUGCAAUAAAGAACAAGUUAAAGGAAAUGGAGGAAGAGAGCAAUGGCACCAAGAGGCAGAAGGUUGCUGAUAAAGUUUCUUGCAGCAAUGGUCUUGACCGAUCAUCUACCAGAGAAUCAUAAGCAGAAAUAGGAAAAGAGAACCAUACAAGUGGGAGAGUUGUUCCAAAUCUCUUCAAGACAAAUGGGAAUGGUACUUUUCCCGGGCUUUUGAGGAACGUAUAUCACACAUAAUAAGAAGUGUCGAAGUUUGGCUGUGGUUCA